GAUCUACGGUAUACCUGUAUCAAAUAUAGGUAUAAUUAUUGUAAGUUGGCAUACGUGCAGCGUACAUUCUACAUCUGUCUGUCCAUGUGUCAAAUAGUGUAUAAAGCAACAAAAACAAAUGGAAAUAGACUUCGCAACGCGAUGUCGUUUGUGUUUAAGUUGGGAAGAGACCAUGCUGGAUCUGUAUGCGGAAUUCGAUCAGGGAAUAUCGCUCUGCGAGAUUUUGAACAGCGUCGAUCUGAAGGUCGCCCAAGAUGACGGUGGAUCCAGACUUGUUUGCGAGAAAUGCAGCACUACCAUUAUAGAGUUUUACAAUCUCAGGGUUGCCUAUUUGGAGAACCAGCAGUAUAUGAGCUCCAUUACCAUUGAUACAAAGAUAGAGAUUACUGUGAAUGAAGAAAAUAAAGAAUUGGCACAGGAAAAGGUUGUUGAAGAAGUAGAAAAUGUUGACUCACCUAGUGGAAAUAUCUCAGGAUUGGACGAGAGUUUGGAACAACAGCCUGAACCAAAACUAGAUGAUGCUGAGGAAUCAGAUGACGCUGAAAUAAUUGUAAUUAAGCCAGACAUUGAUGUUGAACCUAGACAGUCAUAUAAGCCAGCAAAUAUUUGUGAAAUAUGUGGUGGCAAGUUUAAGAGGAAGUCUGACUUAAUGGAUCACUAUGAUGUGCAUUCUGAUCAAAAGAAAUAUGUUUGUCCAUUUUGUGGUAAAGCUUUUAAACGACGUACAGUAUUGGUAAAACACAAAAAACUUCACACAAAUCCAAGAGAAAUGAUAUGUGAUUUGUGUGGGAAAGCUUUUAAUGAUAAAUGUACAUUAAAAACACAUAUCAUGUUGUUGCAUGAAAAAACUAGAAACUUCAAGUGUCCCAAAUGUGAACUAACAUUCCCACUGAAAGCCACACUAAUAAAACACAUCAUGAGGCACAAUCCUGUCAGAGAUAAAUUGUAUUCUUGUCAGAUUUGCAACAUGGUUUACAAAGACAAAUCUAGUUUAACCAGGCACUUUGCCACUAAACAUGGUUCAGGGACUCAAAAGUUUAUAUGUAUUUGUAAAAAGGAAUAUACCACACUCUCAAAUUUACAAAAGCAUCAACUUAAGCAUCAUGGGACAAAGGUCCAAGAAAAUAGUAUAACGGAACCAGUUAUAAAUAUGUAAAAUAAUGUAUAUAUUAUAAUAAAAUAACAUUUUUUAUUUAA